GAUUACCCGGCGAUCCUGAAUUUUCUUUGAACGUCACCUCAUCAUCUACACCACCCCACAAACAAGCUCUUUCCCCCUCUGAUCUCAGGAGCAGUAUGCAUGAUAUGUACAAAGGCCCUUUAUGGCCCCAUUUGGCCGCAAACGACUUCCAUCUUGUCAACUUGAUGAAAGACUUAUAACCCAUGACAUCUAGACAAAGAGCAACCAUGGCCUUUUACCAUCCUUCAGAUAUAUACAGCUUGGAUCCAUACCUCUGCCUCUCCGUAUCCAGUUCAAGACAGACUCAAACCAAGUGCUACUCACGAUGGCUCCACUCACCGGACAGGAGUUGUACAAGAGACAUGAAAGAAAAAAGAUAAAGGACAACCCAGAUGACACCAGACAUCGGUUGAACGCAGACGAAUUGGACACACGUUUGAACGGCGAUUACAACACACUCGACUCUACAGAGCGGCGCGCCUGGGUGGUGAGAGCGGAAGAACUAGCCGCACUGCCCGAUGACUUUCACCAUCAGAUAAUAACCGCCGAGGACAUAUACUGCAACAAUGAAGAAGUUCGCAAAAUCCGCAGAAAGGCCAUGAAACGGAAGAGAGAGGUUAAAUCGACAGAUGAAAUUCACAGAAGAUUGAAGCGUCGAUGGACCCGACUCAAUCCUAAUCAGAGAGACAAUUUCCUGGAUGAAGAAAUCGUCAUCAACGAAGCUAGAAGACUCAUUCGGAGGCGCAUACGUGGCGACCCUGUUGUUAAGAAAAAAGCGUAUGAAUACACCCAUGAACCCGUAAUGGAAAUGCAAAUCGCGAGAGAAAUGGGUACUAGGUUUACUGAACUCGAAAAAUAUCAAUGGAAAUGCCAUAAAAUCAUCGGAGAGGGCGGAAAUGGAAGAGCAAUGUUGUUCCGCAAAGCAGAUGAUAACAACAACACGCUCAAGGUAAGUGUAUUGAAAAGGAUCAUUACCGGCAUGCUAACUGUCAGGACAGCUUGUCGUGGCUAAAAGAGACAAGCACGGAGAUGGAAUGAAGGCAGAGAUGGACAUACAC